AUGAACAAAACUUUGCCUGUAACACAUAAAGGUGCUUAUGGUUCAUUAGGAAAUUUUAUUAUUCGAGAUCUACUUAAACAAUCACAAUCGGUUGUUAAAGGUAUUCAUUGUCUUCUACGUGGUUCAAAUACAAAACAACGUCUUUUUGAAUUAUUUAAACAACAACAAUUAGAAAUUUCUAUUUUAACAGAAUCGUUAGAACAACAUGUAUCUGUUAACAUUUAUCGUGUCGAUCAAAUCAGUGAUGAUACACAAAAUGGUGUCUGGAACACAGCUGAAAUAGAUUCUAUGAUAAUCUAUGCUAGUGCUGGACAAUUAAAGAAAAUGCCAAAUGUUGGAUAA